AUGGCAGGAAGAGGUCGUGGACGUGCACCAGGUGAAUAUAUUAGUUUACCAUCGAAUGCAGCAGCACAUGUUGAUGCUUAUUUUGAAUAUCAAGCUAUUGUUGGUGAUGAUGAUGGUGGAAAAUUAUUUACACCAGAAGAAUAUGAAGAAUAUAAAAGACGAGUUUUACCAAUGCGUCUACACAAUCGAUUAUAUGUAUCAUGGGUAAAUCCUCACGGGAUGGAUUGUAUUCUUGUUGGACCACAACAUAAAUGUCUUUGUCGACAUAAAUAUUCUGAACAUAAAACUGAUUUCGUUGAAAUUCGUACUGAACGACCAAUUCUUAUUUCAUGUCGUCAACAUGGUUGUCGUUGUGUUUCCUUUGAAUAUGUUGCUAAUACAUCAGGUACAAGUGAUCCGAAUUGUCGUUGUAAACAUUCACUUGAACAUCAUGCAACACGAUCACCAUAUAAAUGUCAAAAAAAUUGUAAUUGUACUGGAUUUUCAGCUCCAUUUACAUGUUCAUGUGGUGAACCAGCUUAUAAUCAUAUAACAUUAGUUGAAACAAAAGAAGAAAGAGAAAAACGUGGUCAUCCAACUGGUUAUGCAACACCAUAUAAAGCAAUGGGUGGUUUAACAGGAUUUAGUUCAUUAGCUGAAGGAUAUUUAAGACUUGAUCCUAGUGGACGAGGUCGACCUGAUGAUGAUUUUCUGAAUCAACCAAUAACUGCUAUGGAUCAUCCAAUUCUUCGUGCACAUGCAUCUCAUGAUCCUAAUAGUGCCGAAGCACAAUCACAAUUACGUCGUCCUGGUGAAUCAGAAUUGGAUUAUUAUGAACGUCGUUAUCAAGAACGACAACGUCUUUCACGUGGUAUUCGUCAAGGACCUAGUCCUUAUGAUGCCAAUGCUAAAUUGACUAUUGGUACUCGAAAUGAUAAAUCACCACAACGGCGAAUUACUGGUGGCAAAAAAUAA